AUGACAUUACCAAACAGCACAAUCAAUCGAAAGUCGUUUCGUCACCGUAAAGUUGACAACAAAAAACCACUACGAAUCUAUACACCAGGCGAAAUCAACGAAGAGGACUGUAUACCAGUUAGUAGAACAGGCAUAGAAAUAGAGACAGGGGUAGAGAAGGAGGAGGAAGAGGAAUGGCAUUUAGUAAAUGCAUUAAAACUUCGAACAGAAUAUAUGGAAAAAGGAUCUACAGCUUCAGGAAAAGCCACGAUUCCUGUACCAACGUCGAGUCGACGUAUUUCAUAUUAUGCUGAUGCAUAUCAAACACACAAGUGGAAAAAACCUUCAACAUAUGUUAAAUUUUCUUUACCCGUUGAAGAGUGUAUAGGAUGCUUGUAUUGUAUGGAUGAAAAAGAUGAUCUGUGGUUAGUAGAGCAUAAAGAAAAAACACAUUCAACUCUAACCGAAGAUCAGUUUGAGGAAAUAAUGCAACACUUUGAAAACGUUGCAAAGAACAAAAUUCAAUUAUUGGCGAAAAAACUACUUCCAUCUUGGCUAGAUUGUGAAGCAUGUCUACCAGAGUCACUACAGGACUUGAAAGGUGAAGCUGAAAUGAUACAUACCUAUUGGAAAACUAAACGUAAGGAACGUAUGUCACGUUUCCGCAAAGUUGGUCCUUUAAUGUUUGAAAUAAAGACCCAAGAGGGUAAGGAUGAAGAAGAUCAUCCAUGGACUUGUUUCCGUCGUCGUGAACUUAAACCAAUAAGGAGAACGCGUCGCACAGAGACAGCUUCAUUUGAUAAAUUAAGGAAAAUAAGGAAAGAUAUACAUUCCGGUCGUCAUAUAAUGGUCAACGUGAAGAUCCGAGAGAAAACCAAGAAGCAGAAGAUUGAAUUGGAUCGUAAGAUCUUCGAAAAGGAAUGUACUGUUAGAGAGUUGCGUAAGAAGUUGGGUAUCAGGAAUGAAACCAGCCAUGAGCCACCAAAGAGGAACCGGAAAUCAUCAUCUACGAUGGACUUGAUGGGCGCAACGAAAACAAAAUCUGGUAUCAAACUAUCGAAGAAGGAUGAUGAAUAUCCAAUGGCAGACAUAACAGAUUACCCAUAUCUUAUUCAACGAAAACCAGCGGCUGCAUCCUUUUUCCGAAAAUUUGAUUCUCUCAAACCAACAGAUCGAACUUCAAUAUCUUGCACAGCUUUCAGAAGUCGGUUUGGUAGAGGAGGUCGUAGGCGUAGGAUUAUCGAUCGUCUUGACGUCUUUUCCUAUAAACGCAUUCGUGAGACCAACGAUAGGUUCAAAUAUGAUUCAGAUGGAGCCGAAGAUGUCUUCAGUGAAGAUGAGAUGAACCUAGAUGAUGAGGAGGAUAAUAAUAAAGUCGAAGAUUUGACAGAGAAUAUGAUUCGGUUUCACUUGUUCAAAGAGGAGGAUUAUCAAAAUCUUGGUACUUAUCGUCGAAUACAAAAAGAAAAACAAAACUCACCAACAAAGCAACAGAGCCUGGAUGCUUUAACAGUAAACAAUAAUCCCACCCAAAGUUCUCAACAAGCAAAUGCAGAAUCUAAGCAAAUUUUAGAACAGCGAACAAUACUUGACCCUCGUUAUGCGAGCUCGAUAUCUCGUACUGCGGAUUCUCGCGUAAACGUGAACAACCAAGAUUCUCGUCAAAAACCAGAUUCAGUCAAUAUGGUUCAAAGGGCAGAUUCACGUGCAAAUAUUAAUAAUCCCUCAAACAUUGAUUCACAUUAUGUAGACCCACGUACUUUCAAUGGUGUGAAAUGUAAUCAAGGUGUCAAUGCCGAGUCAAGUACAAGCCGCCUGAAUUCUAAUCCUCCAACGCCACGGCUAAGUAACGAUCCUCGCGCAACCCGCGACUCAAGAUUAGUCAACAAUUCUAUCGCUAAUUCACGUGCUCAUAACGGUCUUAUUAUAAGACCUACGGUGGCUACGAUGAAUCAUCGUGACAACGUUACUCCGUAUAUGCGUCCGAUGCCAAGAAUGAUUUCUGAUGAUUCUACUAAAACUAAUAAUGUUGUGGCCAACAAUAGAGGAUUAAUUAAUAGCUCACUUGUUAAAAAUCAUGCGACUGCUCAACUUACACCAGUAGCACAAAUAAAUUCCCCAGCGUCAUCAAAUAAUAAUAACAUAAAUGGCCAAGGAAAUGGUGAUGGACUUAGACAUACGUCAUCUAACCAAGGAAAUGUGAAUGGUACGACAUCAAUGAUCGAUCCUUCAAAGGGUUUGACGACAACUUCGGGGCAAGCCAUUGACCCUUCAAAGAUUUCGAUGAGUAUAGAUCAAACCAAGAUCUUAUUUAAUGAGUCGAAUCAAAUUGUGAAUGUAACAACAGGUGAAUCAGCAAAACUUGUGAACUCAGUAGAAGCACAAAAGAUCAAUAAUGUUAAUUUGAUUAAACCAACUCAAAGGAUGGGUAUUGGGAAUGGAUUAAAUGGAGUACAACAGACAAUAAAUACCUCGAUUCAUUCCACUAGCGCCGCGGCUCAACAGUUUAUGUUUACGUCACAAGACUUCAGUCAAUUAAAUCCAAGCAAUCAAAAUUCACAGACAGCUAUGACCAUGCGACAUAUAACAAAUCUGCGUCGCUCUGAACUUGCACAAAACAUACAAAACAUACAACACAUGACUUCGAAUUCUUCUACAAGCAAUGUAACUCAACAGACCAAUAAUAUACAAAAUAAUCAAUUACGUCAAUCUAUGGCUCAAGCACCGAGGCAACAGAAUAAUAUUACAUUGCCAAACGUAGGAUUAAACGUACCUUCUAAUUCAGUUCAUCCAUCAAAAAUGGUUCUUUCAUCUGGGAUGGGACCAUCUCCCUCUACACCCGGUAUAAGACAGAAUAAUGGAAUACAAUCAAGUAGUUCAACUAAACAUAUAAUAGCUCAUGGAUUAUUUACACCGAAUAAUAUGUCACAAACACCCGGAUCAUCAAACGUAAGACAGAAUGUAUUGAAUCUCCAAAAAUUACUCAUGAACCAAAAUAUUUCUGGUGUUAAUGGAUCACAUAAUAUCAAUGUGAACACUAACUCAUCUCUUGGUAAUAAUGGUUCGCAGACGAUUAAUGUGAAUCCAAAUGUCUCAUUGGGUACUAACGGUCAAUUUGUUCAGGGUAACCUUAUGGGAAUGAACGGCAUUAUUCCAGCAAAUGGACAACCAACUAGUAUAAUGCAAUUAAAUGGUCAAAGCUAUAUCAUUUCCAAUAAUAUGUCUCAACUUAAUGGCGCUAGCAACUUAGGUCUUAGACCAGGUAACGGGUCUGCUAAUUUGGGCUCACGACCUAAUAACAUGGUUCUUCCGAUCAAUCUCCGACAAGGUACUCCAACUCUUCGACAGGUACCUACGAACGGCGCAGCUGCAGCUUUACGUCAUAAUAUGGUACAUCCAAAUGGUUUUAUUACUAAUGGUGCUAACUUUAGACAAAUUAAUUCGACCCAGAUGAGACCACAACAACCUAUGAUGAGGCACAAUAUGAUUUUGAAUCCUCAAAUGUUACCGAGUCAAAUUUUAACAAACGGUCAAAAUAAUAACCUUGAAAUUUUGCUUACAAAUAGUCCAAUACAAAAUAACGUAAGCCCAGCAAGUGUGUCGACAUCGAAUGGUGGCAAUAAUUCGGUUGGAACACCUUCACCACAACCUCAAGCAGAACAAAGAACUGUUCGUUAG